GCCGCCUCAAACCCGCCAUCACCGCCAUUCCUCAAUCCUCCCCAUAACCCAAAGAGGUAAAAAAACCCAUCCCCUUCUACGCCUUAUACCUUGCCUCACCUCUCCCAUCCUUUCCUCUGUUUCACUUCUUCGCCAGACUAUCAAAAGAAGACUCUGGUAGAAAGCUCGCAGCAUCGCAGCCAUGUGUGGAGGCGCCAUCAUCUCCGAGUUCAUCCCUCCCCGGAAAAGCAGCGGCUCCAACCGCCGCAUCUCCACCUCCGACUUCUGGCCCGACGCCGCCACCUCUUUCUUCCCCAAGACGCCCGAGCCCGUUUCUGCUCCCCCCGAGAAACCGAAGAGGAAGAGAGAAAGGAAGAAUCUUUACCGAGGGAUCCGGCAGCGGCCGUGGGGAAAGUGGGCGGCCGAGAUCCGGGACCCGAUGAAGGGCGUGCGCGUGUGGCUCGGCACCUUCAACACCGCGGAGGAGGCAGCCCGUGCCUACGACCGCGAGGCCCGCCGUAUCCGCGGCAAGAAGGCCAAGGUCAACUUCCCCAACGAAGACCCUCUUCCGGAACCCCUUAAACCCCAAGCCCAUCCAUCAGAGCACUACCCACGCGGCCCCAUCCCCUCUUUCCCGCCUUACGUUCAUCAGGGCCGUCCAUUCGCUGAUCCGAAAGUGGAAACGGCGGAGCCUUUUCCGGCGGUUGCGAACGGCGGCGAUGCCGACGGCGAGGUGAAGAGGCUGUCGGAGGAGCUGAUGGCGUACGAGACGUACAUGAACUUCUUCGACAUCCCGUAUAUGGAGGGCGGAGCGGUGGCGCAGCCGGAGGAGGCGGUGGCGUUGCCGGAGGCGGGGACAAAUGCUUGUAAUCAGCAAGCGCCCGUGCCUUCAAGUAUGGGGAUGCUGUGGAAUUUCGAUGACCUGAUGCCCACCUCCAUGGCCCUUUAAUUUCUCACGUUUUCUUUCUCUGCUUCUCGAGUCUAAACUGCUUCCAUUUGUAUAUAUUUAAUUUUUUUUUGCUACUGAAACGGACGAAUGGUCUUGUUCUAUGUUAUUUUGCUGAUGAUCUGUUGUUAAAGGCUCGGAAUAUUUGCUUUGUAAGAUUUGAUUUCCCGAAAUUGGGAUUCUGCGAUCUGCUGAGUUGCACUACGUGGUUCAGCUCAUGCUCUGUUUCAUUAAAGUUUGUUUUAUAAGCUUUGUGAGAUGCUAUUAU